CAACCCCUAAAAGGGACUGAAAUAGAUCAACCGACAGGCAGAGUUUGCGUGUGUGAGUCAGACUAACUGAUAAACAGAGUUGGUCUCAGGAUGCCUGCGUACGCCACCAACAUGAGGUUGAAGUUCCCUAUUGUGGCCUUGACUUUGGAGAUUAUCACCAUCAUUCUGUUUGCAGUGUUUGUGGUCUAUGAUGAUGGAAUACAUCAUGGGCAUGGUGGUGAAGACUUAAAUGCGACCGGCCAUGAAUUGCCACCAAUGGAGCUCUACCCCAUGUUUCAGGAUGUCCAUGUCAUGAUCUUCAUCGGCUUCGGCUUCCUGAUGACCUUCCUGAAGCGAUACGGGUUCAGCAGCGUGGGGGUCAACUUGCUCCUGGCUGCCUUCGGCCUGCAGUGGGGCCUCCUCAUGCAGGGCUUCUGGCAUAUGGAGGAUGGCAAGAUCAAAGUCAGCAUCUUCAAAAUUAUAAACGCAGACUUCAGCACGGCUACAGUCCUGAUCUCCUUCGGGGCCGUUCUGGGUAAAACCAGCCCUGUGCAGCUCCUCAUCAUGACCGUCCUGGAGAUCACCAUCUUCUCCAUUAAUGAACACCUGGUGGCAAAUGUCCUUGGAGCUAAUGAUGUAGGAGCGUCCAUGAUCAUCCACGCCUAUGGAGCCUACUUUGGCCUGGCAGUGGCAAGAGUACUUUACAGACCAGGUCUAAGAAACGGACAUGAGAAUGACGGAUCUGUGUAUCACUCUGAUCUGUUUGCCAUGAUUGGAACCGUCUUCCUGUGGAUGUUCUGGCCCAGCUUUAACUCGGCCAUUGCUGAUCCUGGCUACACUCAGCUCACAGCAGUGGUUAACACAUACCUCUCCCUGGCCACCUGUGUGCUGUCAGCCUACGCCAUCUCCAGCCUCGUGGAGCACAGAGGAAAACUGGACAUGGUGCAUAUACAGAAUGCCACUCUGGCUGGCGGCGUUGCCGUGGGAACAUGUGCUGACAUGGACAUUGGGCCAUUUGGGGCAAUGCUGAUUGGAUUAGUGGCGGGCAUCAUCUCUACCCUGGGCUUCAAGUACCUCUCUCCCAUCCUGGCAUCAAACCUUGGCAUCCAGGAUACCUGUGGUGUCCACAAUCUGCACGGCAUGCCAGGCAUCCUGGGCGGGUUGGCUGGUAUUGUGGCUGUGGCUUUGGGAAAGAAAAAAGGUGAAGCUACCAUGCAAGCUGCUGCUCUGGCGUCAUCUCUUGGGUUUGCUUUGGCCGGUGGUGCUGUAACAGGUUUAAUAAUGAAAUUGCCGUUCUGGGGACAACCACCAGACCAGAACUGCUUCGACGACUCUAUUUACUGGGAGGUUCCUGAGGAGGAGGAGGAGCAUGAGGAGAGCUUGACUCAUGCUGAUCACUCAAAGAACAAAGCAGAAGUUUAAUUAGCUGCCAACUGUCUACUGAGCGAAAACAUUUAGAAUCAUUAAUCAACUACACCAAAAAAAAACAUUAAUUGGAUAUACUGACAACAAAAACGGACAGUUUUGUCCAUUUCAAAAAUGUUUCCAAAUCAAAGAUAUAAACACAGCGUAUAUGACAUCUUGAUAGUUAACUUUUCUUCUCAUGAAGAACAAGCACCAAAACAUACAUUGAAUCGUCAGAAUUUCUAAAAUGAAUAUUGGUUUAUCCCAUGUACACAAAGAAAGAAAUCUUACUAAGAAUUUGAAUUUGAAAGGAGAACAGUCACAUUCAGGGAUUUUUUUUUUACACUGAAAGUUGUGAUCGAUGUUUUCAUUAAUGAGCCACUGUAGAAAACAGGGUGGGUCAAUUCUUAGUUUCACUGCUGCCUCAUACACAACUACUUCCAUAAGCUUGUUUUCUUUAUUUCAUUUUUUAUAUUAUAAAUAAGCAUUACAGCAUGUUUUAAGAUAUUAGUAUCGUGUGUAUUUCUCUGUAUACAUUCUUUAAUAUUUCAUACGCGUUUCUGCUGAAGCUUGGGUCAAAGAAAGGCCUUAAACCUGCCUUGAUAUGUAGCUUCACGUCGCCUCACUAGAGCCCACUCCUUCUGAAAGGAGUAAGUAAGAGUCAGACAGAAAGAAGCAGUGAGGCUCUGACAUAGGCAGGGAUAGUCGCGUUAUAUGUUAUCACUUUUUAUGUUGCUUAUCUUUCUCUGCUUACAACAUUUUCUAACAAUCUACGGGCAGCUCUACCAUUUCUUUAAUGCAAAAUAAAGAUGUACGUUCAGAUCUGUGCAUAUAGCAUAACAUUGGUUUCCUCAAGGGAGGCUGAAGAUGAUUUUUGUCUGAGUGCAAUUCAGUGUAUUCUUACAUGUAAAUACAGUUUAUCUUCAUGAUGGAUUGACAUGGUCAGUUUUAUGAGGGUCCUUCAAUGUUUGAAAAAACAAAGCUCCUGGUACUGAAUACUUUUCAGAAAUCUUUAAAAGAAGUUAACAGGAACGGCCAUACUGAUUAUAAGAUUGGUCUGGCAUUUAUAUAAGAUGCAAUUAUGACCAAAAACUAACUUUUUUUUACCACUCCAUAUACAUAAGGUAGCCUUUUCUUGAACCCGAUGAUUUCUGCUGAAUGUCAGAUUUAACUGUGUUUAACACAUACAACAAUGGAACGCAGGGCUAGACUAAACUGACAACACUUUCAAAAAUGUUACUCAAUGAUAUUCUGGUAAGUCCAAUGAUUUAUGAUGCCCAGGACACUGACACACAACAAGAUUUUCUAUUUUUAUACAGUGAGCAUGUGCUCUAAUUUGUAUAAUGUACUAAUCCUGUCAAAAUAAAGAUGUGUUUGUAUAAUACCACA